AUGCCAGGAAGUAUGGCCCCCCUCAAGAAGCUUCGGAAUACCACCAAGUUGCCCCUGGCUUUAAACCCCCUGAAGAGCAAGGACGUGUUGGCAGUGCUGGCUGAGAGGAACCAGGCUAUAGUACCCGUUGGGGCAUGGGUGGAGCCUGCCCCGCCAGAUAGUUCAGCAGUCCCGGCAUCUACUUCAGCAUAUAUGAUUGAAGAAGAGCUAAGGGAACAGCUAAGAAAGAAACAAGAAGCUCUGAAGCGUUUUCAGAGACAAGUCAAACGCCGAGUAAAUCAGCAAAUUAGGCUGAGAAAAAAGCAACAACUUCAGAGGUCUUAUGAAGCCGCAGAAAAAGCAGGCUCUAUAGCCAUGCACUCUUCAGAUCCAGCAAACUUAACUCUUAAAAGAACGAGUAUUUUUCCAAACCAUUUGAAUGCUGCUAUUGGAAGUGCUAGGUUACUUCCUUCCCGGAAGCUUGAGGAUGGAAUAGAAGAUAGAGAGAAUCAAAAUGAACUAUUCCAACAACAAGCCCAGGCUCUUAGUCAAACCAUGAAAGAAGCACGUCACCGGCUGGCAUCAUUUAAAACUGUGAAUAAAAAAAAUGCAUUGGUGUUUCCAGAUGAUCAAAAGAAAAACUUUUCCACCCAAGAGGAACCUGACACUGAGGAAUCUUCAUCUAUUAUGAUAGAUAAGAAAGGGAAAAAGAAUUUGUCUUGUGGGGACCAGCAGGAUCUCCUUUUUGAAGACAAGGAUAUACCUUUCAGCACAAUUCAGAAAGUACAAUUCAAAAAUCCAUUAUUUGCUGUGAUGGAAGAGGAAGAGGUAAAUCAGUUACAUCAGGAUGUUCUGCCAGAAGCCCAGGAUUAUCUUCCAGAAGCCCAAGGUGACCUGCUGCAAACCCAGGGUGAUUUGACAGGUGUCUGCAGUGUUGAGCUGGAAGCCCAGAGUGUUGAGCUGAGGCUCGGUACCCAGGAUAUCAAGCUGGAAGGCCAAGCUGUUGAGCCCAAAGCCCAGGCUGUUAAGACCAAAACUCAGAGUGUUAUGCUGAAAGAUCAGAGUGUUGAACUAGAAGAUGGGAAUAUUGUUUUGGAAGUCCAAGAUUUUCUACUCCAAAACCAGGCUUUUCUACCCACAGACCAGCAUGUUCUUCUCAAAGACCAGAAUGUUCAACCCAAAUGCCAGGACCAGGAUUUUCUACCCAGAGUUCAGAAAGCAGAUUUGAAGCCGCCAGCAUCAGUUUUGAUAGGUAGGAGUCGGGGGGAGGUGUCUCCUCUGGAUGUCCGUCAAGAUCUUCUACACAAGCAUCAAGAUCAGGCCUUCAUCAAUGGCAAGAAGGUACGCUUCAAGGAGUCAUAUUGUGAUAUUACACAUGAGAAAGGGAGAGAAGACUUUUCUCUGGCAGGUUAUCAGUAUCUGCCUCCUAAACUUCAGGACCAGGCCUUCAUCAGAGAUCAGAACAAGUGUAUCAAGCAGCCCUCAUCUUUUGAGAAAUGGGAGAUUGAAAGACGAGUUGCUUCUGAAGUGCCAUCGAGCUUACGCUCCAUACGGCAACCAUCUGCUGGAACAGCUGAAAGAUGGCAAGCAGGUUUGCUUCCGGCUGGCCGUCAGCAUCUUCCACCCAAGUGCCAGAGAGAGGCUCCCAGCAGCAGACAGGUUGGUGGUGAAUAUCAAUCAGGAUUGAACACUGAAUUCCAAACUCCACUGGCACUUCAGUCAGGAGUAAGUCAAGAGGAAGACAAGAAAGAGCGUCAAAAGCGGUACCUGAGAUAUAGACGACUUUUCAUGGAUGUUGAAAGAGAACAAGUGAAAGAACAACAGAGGCAAAAAGAACAAAGGAAGAAAAUUGAAAAAAUUAAGAAAAAGAAAGAGCACCAACGUUAUGCUGAAGAGCAGAGGAUAUUAAGAAUGAACUUACACGAAGAGCCAUAUUCAGGGGAGAAGAUGAGUGAGGUACUAGCCCAGCUACAACUUGAGGAAGGAGCCAGAGAAAAACAACAGAAAGAAAAGGAACACCAAAGAUAUGUAGAAGCUUUAAGAGCCCAGAUCCAGGAGAAAAUGCAGCUGUAUAAUAUUACUUUACCUCCACUAUGCUGCUGUGGUCCUGAUUUUUGGGAUGCUCAUCCUGAUACCUGUGCCAACAAUUGUAUUUUCUAUAAAAACAACAAAGCAUAUACCCGGGCACUACAUUCAGUCAUCAAUUCCUGUGAUAUCCCUGAAGGGAACUCAACUCUUCGAGUCGCCAUUCAUAAUUUUGCUUCUGCACACAGACGGACUUUGAAAAAUCUGUAA